GUCAGCCUGGCCAAGCGAAAAGAGAGAGAGAAAAAAAAAGAACAGCGAAAUGCCACUCCUGCUCCUACCGCCAACGGUGUGCGCCACCGGAGCAGCGGCAGCGCCGGCGUCGUCGGCCGCGUUCUCGCGGCCUCCGCCGUCUUCAAGGCUCCGCUGCUCCCAUCUCCCCUUCGCGUUCCCGCGCCUGAGGAAAUACGGGCGCCGCCACCGCGAGCCCGUGGCUGCCCCCACCUCCGAUGACAACGACGAGGAGGAGACGGAGGCGGAGGACGGAGACUACGACGACGACGACGAGGAGGAGAUAGAGAUGGCGGUAGACGAGGAGGAGUUCCUGGCGACGCGGCCCAAGCCGAUGGGGUUUGGCGAGGGGAAGACAUACUCCACCGACAUUGAGGAGCAGCUUCUCCGGGAGAUGGGCCUCGGCGGGGCGCGGAGCAGAGGCGAUGCGACCUCGGCUAAGCGCCGGGAGGGGAACGGUUCCGCCAAAGAAACAAACUCAGAUCUUAAUGACAAAGGUGUUCAAGUUCGUGUUUGGAACCUCCCAAAAAAGAAAAACAUACACAAGGACCUGAAGCAAGCCUUUAAAGGGUUUCCUGGUCUUUUAUCUAUAGAUCCAGCAGUUUCCGCAAAUAAGAAAACCCGUGAUCCUAUCUGUAAGGGUUUUGCAUAUCUUAAGCUGGAGUCUGCAGAUGCUGCAACCAGAUUCGUUGAGAUAUACUCUCGUAAACCUGUGCCAUUUGGCAAGGUUGAGAAGCCAAUCAGUUGUUGUAUUGUCGAUGGGAACAGCUCUGUUGAGCCUUCAAAUAAAGCGUCCAAUGCGACUCAACCAAGAUCGAAGCUCCAAAAUUUGGUGGCUGCAAGUUGAGAACACAUUGAUCUGUCAUCCAGUAGUCAUGCAUAUACUUCUAAAGGUCACAAGUUUGCUGAAGCUUUGGUACACAGAUUAGAUAGUCCCCUGUAUUUGGUUAGAAUUCCUUAGAAAUGCAUCAUCGAGCAAUUUUGGUGGUGUUACCCACGCUGAAACUAAUUUUCAUGUGAAAUGCCAAUCUGACUGAAAAAUGUUCGUGUUAUCUUAUCACAUCAACUCACCAUUUAUAAGUAUUUUGAUCAAUCGACUUAUUCAGAAGCAA